UCGCCUCUUUUCCUAGCUAAACUGGCCAUUACGUUUUCGGCUGUCUGAACCGCGAUUCUGCACAAACCUUUUAUACGCUCAUCGAAAAGAACAGCGGAUUAUUUUGGCUCGACAACAAAACAGAAAAAAAACUUGCAAGAAGCUGUGAACCUAAUCAGUAGCUGAACAUGACUGACCGCUAUAACAUCCACAGCCAGCUGGAACAUCUCCAGUCCAAGUACAUCGGUACAGGCCAUGCAGACACCACCAAAUGGGAAUGGCUGGUGAACCAGCACAGAGACUCGUACUGCUCCUACAUGGGCCAUUUCGACCUGCUUAACUACUUCUCCAUCGCAGAGAAUGAGAGCAAGGCCCGUGUGCGUUUCAACCUCAUGGAGAAGAUGCUGCAGCCCUGUGGGCCGCCUGCUGACAAACCCGAGGAUACCUAGGACUGCACUCGCUAGCAGCAUGCUUGCUGAGGAAGGGUUUGGCGUUUCACAAUGAUUUCGUGGUUCAUGUUCUGAGAAAUACAGGGGAUUUUAGUUUUGUUUAAGCCUUUUUAAAACUGUUCCAUUUUAGGUAUGCUUAACCUUUGUACAAAAUACAUUAAGAAAACAGCCUUGUGAUGUGUGGUUUGUCGCCCCCCCCCAAAGUCACUAAUAUUUCAGAAAGGGGAAAAAAUUGUCAUUCUUCUGUUGACUAAGCCAAUUUAAUUCAAUGCCUUUUUGAAGAAUUAAUGCUGUAGAAUUGUUUUUAAUUAACCAUAGCUGACUAACAAACUCAAACAAGAAUCCAGCUCCAUGGUCUAAUGUCUGUGUGCAUGCCUACAGAUAUGGAUUUGUGUGCACACAAUAUAGCAGUGAUCCUGACAGGGUAAAUCCUCACCAGCUGUCCCCACAGUUUGAGCAGUUUGAGUCAUGAUGGCCGUAGUGCAAUUUAUGCUGUGUCAGACGCAGCAUGCUGGUGCAAGCUGACCGGCUUGUCUCCACUUUCCACACUCACGCUGUGCAAGAUGUUUUGUUUUGUGGGCUGUUCAUUGCAGUAUUCAGUUUCCAAGGCUCAGUCAGGUUUUUAUUUUAUUUUUUUUCCCCUUUUUCCAAGGGAUAACUACUGCUCUGUUGUGUUCUUGCAAACUGAAAUGAGCACACCACCAUCAUGGAUAAUGUUAUCUAAACCAUCGUAACUCAAAUAAUAUUGGAUAAUAUAUUUAAUACUGCACAGGUGCCUGAGAGACUCCUGGGUACAAUGAAUGGCAUGUUCAGUUGUGUAAGUUAAGUGAGUCAUCUCAUUUACAAAGACUUUCAUUCGAUUACUCUGCUCUACAUUAUUCCUGAGUAAGUCCCUGGCUGACUGCACAAAAACCUUUUGGAGAUAUUACUGCCACUUUCAUGUGCCUUAGCAGCAGUAACCUUGGUCCUGGGCCUUUUUAGGAGGCUGAGAAUUCAUUUAGUCAUAAAAGCCAUUAUCCUUCACCUCCACAAAGCAUCAAUUGCCAGUUGCUAUUGAUAAAAACCUGUAACAUUUUCAUUUGACAGAGAUUGCAGGUUUCCUUAUGUGCUAACCUAGCAUCUUUCUUCUUCAUAUUUCUGUAUAGUCCAUUGGUCAUUAUGAUCCUGUGCAACUUAUUGCUCAAUCUUACAUUUGGUGUAAUGAAAUUAGUUGAACUUGAAAGUAAUUACUUGCAAUGUUUCAUGGAGUGUGGUGUGCCUAUGUCUAAAACCAUUUAUAAACAAAUGUAAUUAGAUGAACAUUUCAUAAACAGUUGUGGUUUAAUAAGAUGAA